UUGCUGUGCUCGCUUUGUUCCUUGAGGAGGCUUCUCGUCGCUCCGAUCUUUUCCUCCUCUCGGAACCCUCUCUUUCCCUUCACUUUCUCUCUACAUUUUUUUUCCUUCUGUUUCUCUCUGUAGCCAUGGCUUCCGAGAUCUUUACAGACAAAAACGCUGUUUUUAGGAAGCUCAAAGCCAAGUCUGAUAACAAGAUGUGUUUCGAUUGCAAUGCAAAGAAUCCAACUUGGGCGUCGGUUCCCUACGGCAUCUUCCUGUGUAUAGAUUGUUCGGCGGUUCAUCGCAGUCUUGGUGUUCACGUCAGCUUUGUUAGGUCAACCAAUUUAGAUUCAUGGACUCCAGAGCAGUUAAAGAUGAUGAGCUUUGGGGGUAAUAACCGUGCUCAAGUUUUCUUUAAGCAGCAUGGGUGGAGCGAGGGAGGCAAGAUUGAGGCUAAGUAUACCUCAAGGGCUGCUGAAUUAUACAAGCAAUUACUUUCAAAAGAAGUUGCUAGAAGUUCUGCCGAAGAGACAGGUUUGCCAUCAUCACCAGUUAGUACUCAGUCUGUAGAAGCUGCAAAUGGAUUUCCUGAUAUCAAGACCAAUGGAGCCCCAAAAGAAAUUGAUUCUGGAAAGUCUGAAACUACUUAUGUAUCUGCUUCACCAAAAGCUCCUCAAACUGUUGUUAGCAUUUCUGUUAAGAAGCCUCUCGGUGCAAAGAAAACUAGCAAGAGUGCGGGGCUUGGUGCUCGAAAGCUUACUACUAAGCCAAGUGAAAGCCUCUAUGACCAGAAGCCAGAAGAACCACCUGUACAAGUUUUUACCUCUGUAAAUAGCAACCCUACAGUUGGUUCAUCUUUGGCAUCUCGUUUUGAAUACAAAGAUAAUGUUCAAACUGCGGAGAUGAAUUCUGGGGGCACACAUGUGCUUAGUCAUGUAUCUCCACCAAAGUCAUCUAGUUUCUUUGCAGAAUAUGGGAUGGAUAGUGGAUUCUCAAAGAAAACAAGCUCAUAUUCAUCGAAAGUGCAAAUUCAGGAAACUGAUGAAGCAAGGAAGAAGUUCUCAAAUGCGAAAGCUAUUUCAUCAUCUCAGUUUUUUGGGGAUCAGAACAAAGCCGAUUCGGAUGCUUCAGCGUCCCUGCAGAAAUUCUCAGGUUCAACAGCCAUCUCUAGUGCCGAUCUCUUUGGUCACGAUGCAGAUAUUUCCUCUAUUGAUCUUACAGCAAGUGAUCUCCUCAACCGACUCUCUUUCCAGGCACAACAGGAUAUAUCUUCCCUUAAGAAUAUUGCGGGAGAAACUGGGAAGAAGCUCAGCUCUCUGGCAUCCACUUUGAUGACAGACCUUCAGGACAGAAUCCUUUAAAUGACGAUGCAUUUUGCAAUCGAAAUUAUCCGAACAAUCAGUCACAAUACCACCCUAUAUUUUCUGUAGUAGAUGUAAAAAAUGACUUCAUGAAAUUCUUUCAGACGACAAAAGUAAGAUUUUGAACUCUCUGGCUUAUGAAAGGCUGGUGUUGUUUUAUUUUGCAGCAGAGAAAUUGUGCUAAGGAUGAUUACGUACGUGUUUUUUUUUUUGGGGUCCCCCCCCCCCCCCCCC